GUAUCUAUCUACUUCUACGUUCAAGCCAUACUGGUUACUUGUUGUAAACUUUAGCUGUCCAUUUCUCCCUUGAAUACUGUCAAGAAAAUGUAUGUUCGCUCCCUUUUUGCUCUUAUCUGCUCGGCUGUGAUUGGCUCUGCCACAGCACUUUCGCUUGAUUUCAACCCUGCCAAGUUUAUUAUCGAUGAUACCAGCGCUGGCAAAGGGUUUGGCUGCAAACUCAACGAAAAGCCCACUUCCCCAGUGACUAUCUACUUGGAGCACACUUCCAUUUAUUUCUCUGAUUGUAUUUUGGUUUUCACCCCCGAAAACUGGGAUAUACUCCAGACGAUCAAUGCAACUGCUGUCCCCGUGUUUGGCUCGUACAUGGGAGCAGGUGGCAUUGCUGAUAUUGCUUCAAGCAUCAAUGCCCAUAUGGUCCAAGAGGGUCAGACUACCGAGAUCCCCAAGGUUGAGUAUGGGUGUGAUCGCAAACCCGCAGCUGGUGGAACUUGCACUAGUAUCGGCGAUCCCCAUUACCAGACAUUUGACUCGCUUACUUUUUCGAGCCAAGUUAUUGGACAUUACUACCUUUUGAAAUCCGACGAUUUCGAGAUUCAAGUUAUUACUCAUUCUUGUGGUCCUAAUGUAUCGUGCACUGCUGCCAUUGCUAUCCGAUACGGCUCGACUCUUAUGGUUCUUGAUGUACGUCAAAAGAAGGAUCCCAGCCAAUACACUGUGCAACAGGUUACCCCCAACACCAACGGUGUUGUGUAUAUUCCUCCUCCAACCGGAUCUGGUGUCCACAAAAUCAACACUCCUUGCGGUUCAUCCAUCUCCGCCGUCAGCAAUCUCGAUAGAGGUUUCAACAACAUUGACAUUACCAUCAACUUGGCUGGCAGAUACAGCAAAAUCGGUGGUCUUUGCAACGUCUUGUCUUCUCAAACCAAAAAGGGUCUGAUUUACUCGAGCGGCAAGAUUGGCAACCCAACUUCAACACAGGAUGUCAGCGGCUUUGUGGAUUCUUGGGUGGUAAAGAGCGGUGACAGUCUGUUUGAGGGCAACUACAAAGGCUCUACUCCUCCCGUGAACACACCAGGAAAGAUCUGCAAGCUCCCUACUAUUCCCAAACCUGUUCCUGCACCACCAGCUCCCUCCGUGCCUCCUACCUUGCCCGUCUAUGUUCCACCACCACCUCCUCCUGCACCCGCAUCAACUGCAGCUGCUUCUACUGCACCUGCUUCUACUGCAGCCGCCUCAACCGCAGCUGCUUCAACCAUUGUUCUUUCUUCAACCUCUCUUCCCGGAUCCACUGCCACAUCUGCUGCUCCCUCUCCACAAGCCACAUCUGCUCCUCCUCCACAAGCCACUGUUCCUGCUCCACCACCCGUGUUCGAUCAGGAAAUCGAGAAGCACUGCCGAGACAUGUUCAACGUUCCAUCUUGCAACACCAUCAUUCCCGUCGACUUCUUUGUUCAGUCUUGUAUUAAAGAUGCCCAAUCUACUGGAUCUUACAUCUUUAUUGAAGGUAGCAAGCGCGCUUAUCUCGCUCGUUGUGCCGCACUCUCCGUGUAUAUGGAGAAUGGACCCACUCCUGUUAUUGUCGAGCAAGGUAAAAAGGUUCAAGAGGAUUGUGGAUUUGGUAACCGCACCUGUCUCAAUAACUGCUCUGGAAACGGUGUCUGCUCCAACGUUGGUUGUGCCUGCAAGACUGGCUUUGCCGGCCAAGAUUGCUCCAUGGACUUGUCCAAGGUCACUCAAUACGAUCCCAAUGCUGGCAAAUAUCAGGUUAAUGUCAAUGUCAAUGUAAUCAUCAAAUACCAACAAGAGCACAUUAACCAAACACCCCAGCUUCCAGCCCCUGCUCCACAGGCACCUCAACCCAGUGCUCCUCAGACUCCAGCCACCGCACCUCCUGCUUCUGAUCCUCAGACUCCAGCUCCUGCUUCUGAUCCCCAGACUCCAGCCCCUGCUUCAGGAGGUGAACAGCCCUUGCCUGUAUCAACUCCCGUUGGUCUCCCACAAUCCAAGCCAGCCGAGAGUUUCCCCAACUCGGUUAACCAGGAUCCUGUCCUCUCCUCUGCUCAAAGCAUUGGUUCCUUUGUCGCACUGUCUCUUGCUGCUGUGGCAUCAACCAUGUUUGUUCUCAUCUGAUGAGUUUUCGCUUUUGAAUCGUAGAAUGUAUUCCAUGCACUGAAGUUCUAAAUGAAUCUUGCUAAAUUGCCAUCUCACUGCAACGAGUAUUUUGCUUGCAACCAUGUUCACGUAGAAUGGAAUACUUGUAUUUAUUUUGCAUCGACUGCCUCUUGGUUCGAAAUAAACAAUGGUUGAAUAUCCACUACUUUUUACAAAUUAUAAUCAUAUUCACUUGGAAUAACUCUUUGCUCCAGAAUAAGCAAUCGCUGUUGAAAAUUGGUUACUUUUUUAUUGAAACUCGUCAGAUACGUUCGCGCUCCAGUUCAACAUAUCUCAGGAUGCAACUGUUGUUCCUAUACCAAGAGAGAGACUUGUAAGUUUUAUCAGGACGCUAUUGUUUAGUAAAUUUGGUAGAAACUGGCUGCUUAUGCAUUUAUCGAGCAUUUCACUUUACAUGAAUACGACUGUAAUUACAUUCAAUCUGGGUUUAUUCAAAGUUUUUAUUGGGUUGAAAUAGUUGCUCAAAAAUGACCUAUUACAUUUCAACUAAAUAUUUGUGGUUAGUUUCCGUUCAGAGUGUAACAAGCCCUUUAGACACUUACCAUCCAUGGCUAAAUUAUCCACUACUGAUUCAGCAGCAGCCUUUUUGGCAUUUUGAUCUUGCAGCCUCUGAAUAAUGAACAUUGAAAAUCAUUUUAAUCU